GAGAGGUCACGAUACUUCCAAUCCAUCAUGGAGGUGGAAGAAUCUGAGGUGGCUGAAGAAAAUGAAGUAUUGGAUGACGACGAGCUUGAUCCGCGGAUACAGAUUGAACUGGAAAAACUCAACAAGGCAGCAGACAACAUCAACAGAUUAGACAUAGAACUAGAGGAGGCAAGAUAUGCAUUCCGCCAGUCUCUCAAGGAAUCCACACAUAAACUGGAUGAACUUGCUAAGAAGCUGGGGCACUGCAUAGAAAGGUCCAGACCAUAUUAUGAAGCCAGGCUGAGAGUCAAGGAGGCUCAGAGUGAGUCCCAGGAGGCAGCAUUCCGCUAUGAGAAGGCGUGCAGUGCGCAGGCGGCUGCCAAGGAGAUGGUCUGCCUGGCAGAGGAAGCGUACAUGGACCGCGGAGAACAGUUUGAUACGGCGUGGCAGGAGAUGCUCAACCAUGCCACCAUGAAGGAGAACGAGGCAGAGAAGGAGAUGAAGGAGUGUGAGAUCAUUCACAAGUUGAAGAUGGAGCUGUAUGAGGAGGCUGAGAGACAGGUGAAGGAGUUACACAGGGAGUUCAAGAGAGCCAUACAUAAGUCUAGUCUGUCAGCUAGGAGAAGUAUGCUUCAAAUGAGUGCUAUAGCCAAUCUUCAUCAUAUAACUCUUAUGCCGUACUUUGAGAUGAAGGCAGAAGUGAACCACCAGUUAGAGGAGAGGAAAAAUGCUGUUGCUAUGGUAGAGAGUGAUGUCACGGUUGCUAAGGAAAUCUACAAGGAGGCUCUUGCAAACCUAGAGAAGAUCAGUAAUGAGAUUCAUACAAAAAGGGGAACAUCUUGCAGGAGAGAGCCCUCUGGUGGAAAUAUAGGUGAAGAUAAACAAGAGCCAAGGGACGCUGAUGUUUGUGACUCAGAAUCUAAUCAGGCUGAAGAACAGAAACAGUCACGCAUUUCUCCAGAGAGGGAUGCUGGAAGGAGGAAAGACACUUCUGUUACUUCCAACAAAAACUCAAAUAACACCACCCAAAAGUCACCCGCAGAGGUGGCAACUUUCAGACGAGGUCAGAAGCAAAGAAUGUCUUACCUCUAUGCUAUGAGGAAUAGCAUGGCAGACUAUGAUAUUGGAAAUAUCCCCAAACCCAAAAUAGAUGGGAAGCAGAGGUCAAUAAGUCUUUUUGGUCUGUUUUUAAAGCGGGUUAGUCCUCCUAAAGAUGACCUUAAAGAGGACUCUAGGAGGAGCAGUGCUCCUCUAGAUGUUUUAAAGAGAGUUAGCCCUCCAAAUGAUAAUGCCACCGGGACAAAAACUAACCAGUCAGUGAGCACGUCUCAUCCUGCCAGUAAUCAGACUAACCAACCAGCAUCUCUGUCUCAUACAAAAGAUACCGGCCACUCUGUGUCACCUGAUUCAGAGGGUGCAAAUCACAGUGCCAAAUACGAUGACCAAAAUGCAAUAUCUCAAACAGCCAGUAACCAGAUUGACAAUUUUGUUCAGAAAACUGAAAGACAGAAAACUCAGCUCUCAAAUCAUGGGGAAUUGUCAGAUGAUUCAGAAAAAGUCUGCAAUAUCCAGCCAGAUCUCAGUGGUACAGGCUAUGAGGAAGAUGACACUAGGUUCAGGCAGCUGCCAAGGAGACAUUCUCCAGAAAGACAGCUAUCAGAGGGGACUACCAUACUAGUGCAGUCUACCAAUGGGAACCCUUUAGUUCAUGUGGAAGCUGGCAGUCCUGAGGCAGCCAAAAAUGGUGCCUCAGAAACUGUGACUCCAAAAACGGGUGCUGACUCUGCAAGUGACACUCAGACCAGCCAAUCAGAUUCGGGCUUUCACGUCUGCAGUGAUCCUCUCUCGGGGAGUUCAGAAGUGGAGCUGAUAUCUGUCCAAAGCAAAAAAGGCACAAGUAAUGGUGGCAGUAAGCCAAAUGACAGAUCGUCGUAUUUAUCAGUGCCAAAUUCUGGCAAGAUAAACCAGAGCUUGGAUCAGUGGUCCGACACAGAGAGUGUGGGGUCAGUUUGCUCCUACACGCUGGACGAUGAUGCCAUUGAGAAGUGUAUGAUAAAUACAAGCCAGAUUGAACUAGAAUUUGAAGAUAUAAUGGCCCGGGAGGAGAGAGGAUUACAGGAACUGGAUGAACAUUACAACAGCUUGCCGUCAACUCUGAGCAAACUGGAGAUGUUCUUCCAGAAAAGUCCAAUGUUAGGGAAGAGUGAUCAGGAAGAAUCGGACAGGGAGGAUCAGGAAAAUGACUGCGAUUCUACAUUGGCGCAGAAUGAUGACAGUAUAUCGCCAGAGACUGAAGAUACAAAGAUAUGAGUCCAGACAUUGAUUUGAAACAAAAGGAAAAAUAGAAGAGAGUAGUAAACAAAACUCUGAAAAUGGAGUAGGGUAGGUUAGGUAGGGGGGAUUCCGGGGGUACGAACUGUGAAAAAGUUUGCUCUGGGCAAAAUGUAAUCUACCGGUAGGUGCAUGAAGGUUUCGUGGUAAUGGUCUAAUGGAAAUGAACUUGCUGUACAAUAUUUCCAUAACAAUUAUUGAAUAAGUUCUAAAUAGAUCAGUAAUUAUAGAAUAUUAUCUUCCCUAGAAGGCUUUCUGCAAAUUUACAAGAGGGAUGUUACCAUGCAAACAAGGUCUAUUGCAAUUUUGCAAGAAUCUGAACAUUUUGUUGCAAUCCUGCUGCAAACUUAACAGUAAGGUACUUUGCAGCAAUACAUUUUCAUGCAAACCCCUGAAACUGUUUGCCACAAAGAGGCAAACAUUUAAAAUCAUGCCUCUCUGUUUGCAAUUUUAUAAACUUAGAUUCUAUCCAAUACUAGGUAUGCAAUGGAAAUUAUAACUAAAGGACUUCACUUUUUGCCUUAUCUUUGUAUGUCCAUGGUGUUUGUUUUUAAGUUUGGUGUCAUUUAGUCUUUCAAGUUUAAGCACAAAGGGAUUUGAAUAACAUAUAAAACUUACCAGUGUACAAUAUGAUAGCUGUAGACGUGUCUGUAGAGAAAUGAGGGUACUUCCAUUUAGAAUUUAAAAAGAGUGAAGAGUGCUAUUCUACAAUUGAGUGAUAUGAUGGUGCUUGUGGUGCUAUUUAAGUUUGUUUUAUAUAUUGAUCUUGUAUUCACAGUAAUAGGCUGAUUUAGACAGUGUUCUGUCCCUUCAAAAAUUCCUAAAAAAUCAUUGUUUGGCGUGCAGAGAUACCAUGCACAGUAACUGCCCCCCUGCUCCAUGGGUGUCACAGUGUAUGGGAAAAUACCCUCCAUUAUCAGCCUGUUUUUAUCGGUCAUUUUCAUGAAAACAAGAAAGGCACGCCGAGUCGUUUCCAGUAAUUGCAGACACUGUCACCUCCAGAUAUGUUAACCCCAUACCCCGGAUUUCUACAUACCGUAUAUAGGAGAAUAUCCUGUAAUCAGCAUGCCUUUUCUGUUUACUGGAAGUGUUAGAGGAUGAUAAUUUCCAUAGUUUCAAUGCACUUAACUCUGAUUCUCUUCCCUCCCCCCCCCCCCUCACUCCUUUACUGAACUCUGGCCAGGUUCACCCGGUUAUAUGUUGUGCCUGAAGUAAAAAGUAAAUCGGGAAUAAUAAUGGGAUAGCUACUAGCAUUAGCUACUAGUAUUAUAAUUUAUAAUUUGCCAUGCAAAUGUGUUGUGCAAUAGUGAUAGUGUUACAGAAAAUAUGGUUGAAAUAAUAUAAGGAUGCAUGCUGCACGUUUAUUUGAUUUUGUUAUAAAUUUAAUAUUAUUAAAUUCAAGCUAUAUGGAUUGUCACUUUUCACAAGGAAUUAGAGAAUUCUUAAUGUCCUGCUUUGAUGUACAAGUGAUUGACAUAUUUCUGUAAAGACAUUUGAAAUUCAGUUUAGCAUUGCAUUGAAAUAGAACAAAAAAUUCAGUUUAGCAUUGCAAUGAAAUAGAGCAAAAAAUUCAGUUUAGCAUUGCAAUGAAAUAGA